CACGGCCGCCCGAGGGGUGGCGGCCAGAUAGGGACUCAGGGAAAAGUGUGCGGAGGCGGUCGCCGCGCAAGGCGGGGUCUGUCCCCGGCCGCGCUGCGUGCCGCGGCGGGGCGGGAAAUGUCGGGCCGUCCCCGCCUGGUGCGGGGUCGUGGGGCCCCGGAGGGCGCGGAGCGCGGCAGGCGAUGGCGUCGGCGGCGUCGAAGCUGCGGGCGGAGGCCGGGCUCGGGGCGCUCCCGCAGCGGGCGCUCGCCCAGUACCUGCGCCUUCUGCGGCUCUACCCUGUGCUCACCAAGGCGGCCACCAGUGGCAUUUUGUCAGCACUUGGGAACUUCCUGGCCCAGAUGAUGGCGAAGCAGCGGAAAAAAGAAAACUCCCAAAAGCUAGAUGUCAGUGGGCCUCUCAGAUACGCCAUUUAUGGGUUCUUCUUCACAGGGCCACUGAGUCACUUCUUCUACCUGUUCGUGGAGCACUGGAUCCCUUCUGAGGUCCCCUGGGCUGGGGUCAAGAGGCUCCUCCUGGACCGCCUCCUCUUUGCACCGGCCUUCCUGUUGUUGUUUCUCCUCGUCAUGAACUUCCUGGAGGGGAGAGACGCAGCUGCUCUCUCUGUCCAGAUAAGAAGAAGCUUCUGGCCGGCGCUGCGCAUGAACUGGCGAGUCUGGACCCCAGUGCAGUUCAUCAACAUCAACUACGUCCCUCUGCAGGUGAGGGCCAGCUGGCACCAUGCGGAGCCCAAGGGGGCCUCAUCCUCCACCAGCCUUGUUCCUUCUUGGAACGAUUGGUGGUUUUCUCUCCGCGCAGAAUCAUUAGCAGCUUUGGAUGUGGACGGGCGAAGCGUGUGUCCACACCUCAUCCCUUGGUCCCAGAAACAUUUCUGAAAAGCCUCCAGUCCAGGACAGCUCGAGUUUUCCAGGGGCUCAGCGUUGCCAGUGCCUGGCCCCGUGGGUCACAGCUGGGCUUGCGUGCGGGAGUCGAGCGGUGGCCGAGCCCAGCAGGUUGUGCGGCAGCGGCGAGGCCGGCCUUACCUGCCCUGACAUCAGCGUGCGCCGGAGAGGCAAGCGGCAGGCAGGACCCUGGGGGCAGGGAUGCUGUCGGGGCGCCGCGCACCAGGUUCAGCCCUUCUGGGCACCGGGGGUCGCGGCCCGAGGCAGGCUGCUGAAACUGGGCCUCCACUCUGAGCACGGUGGGAGCCUGGAGGGGCUCUAAGCUGCAGGAAGAGCUCACCAGGGCAAGGCUGAGGGGCCCGCCGUCCUGCGCCGUCUUUACACACCAAGGGCAGCCCACCUGUGUCCAGCCCCAAGACCACGCCCAGGGCUAGAGAUCUGGAGGCGGGGCUUGGCACAGCGUCUGCUCACGGCCGUGGGUGUAUUACAGCCUCAGAGCAAGGAUUUGCAA